UUUUAUUGUGUUUCUAUGAGCCUUCCGUGUGAUGACAUCAUUCGGACUGCGCCUCGCUUCGCCAGUGGGAAGGUCAAGAAUUGUUUAAGUUGUAUAAAUUAAACAAAAUAUUUACUUCAUCAACUUGAAUCUUAUUUAAACAAUUUUUAAAAAACGAUCAUUUAAUUUUAAAGUGCUCAGUGUUGUUUUCGAUAAGCCCGACAAUGAGCAAAUACAUUUAAGCUUCGGGUCUAUUCCUGUAGAUGCUGAAGAAACAAUCUUAAAGGACACAAUCUUCAGUGAAGUCACUAUCACACCAGUUCAUCUAUAAGAAGUCAAACAAGCAGCUGCUGUCACAACACAUUCAACUACUCUACUAUUCUGAUCCACUGUUGUAAUGAUGGAGUGUGUUAAAGAGGAGACUGAUCCUGAAUCAUUCACAAUAACACCUCAACAUACUCAACAACAAAGAGGUUUGUGUCUAAUCUCAAUGACUGAUGAAGAGCAUCUUAAGGAACAUAAAGUAAGUCACACUGAUGAGAGGACCUUUGCAUGCCCUCAGUGUGAUAAAUGUUUUAAACAGAAAAGAAAUCUUAAUAUUCACAUAAAGACUCACACUACUGAAAGGCCAUACAGCUGUCCUCAAUGUGGAAAGACCUACAGACAUAAAGCACACCUUAGGGAACAUUUAGUUACUCACAUUGGUGAGUUGUGCUUCACCUGUCCUCAGUGUGAUAAGGGUUUUUCACGACAACGUAAUCUUUAUGAUCACUUAAAGACGCACACUGGGGAAAGACCCUUCACCUGCCCUCACUGUCAAAAGGGUUUUUUAAAAAAAAGAAAUCUUGAUAUUCACAUAAAGACUCACACUGGAGAAAGACCACACGGCUGCCCUCAUUGUGAAAAGACUUACAUAUGUAAAGGGGAUCUUAAGAAACAUUUAAUGAUUCACACAGAUAACAGGCCCUUUGCAUGUCCUCAAUGUGAUGAGGCUUUUUUACAACAAAGAAAUCUUAAUGCUCACAUAAAGACUCACACCGGAGAAAGGCCAUAUGCAUGUCCUCAGUUUGAAGAGACUUACAUGCAUAAACAGCACCUGAAAGAACUUACAGUGACUCAUACAAACGCUCCCUUUGUAUGUCUGCAGUGUGAUAAGGGUUUUUCAAAUAAAAGAAGUUUUAAUGCUCACUUAAAAACUCACACUGGAGAAAAGACAUACAGCUGCUCUCUGUGUGAAAAGACUUACAAAUCUAAAAAGUCCCUGAAACAACAUAAAAUAAGUCACACUGGCCAAACACCUUUUUCUUGUUCUCAAUGUGGAAAGAGUUUUACACAAAAGGGAACCCUUACUAGUCACAUGAGGAUUCACAGUGGUGAUGGGCUUUACACCUGUCCUCAUUGUGGAAAGAGUUUCACAAAAAAAGUACAUUUAGAGAGUCACAUCCGCAUUCACACUGGAGAAAGACCUUACAAGUGCCCUCAGUGUAACAAGGGCUUUACACAGCGUGGACAUCUUCUGUGUCACAUACGACUUCAUACAGGUGAGAAGCCAUCUGUGUGCCAUCUGUGUGGUAAGCGUUAUGCACAGGCACGAAAUCUUAAAUUUCAUCUGGUGUUUCACCAUUCAGUAGAAAACCCCUAAAAGUGUUCACAUUGUGGAAAGAGUUUUAUUGAGUCUGUGCUGCUGAUAAAACACAAGUGACUGUAUACUGGAGAGAAGCUGCACCGCUGUCAUUCAUGUUGGAGAAGUUUCAGAUGAUCACACAGCUGCAAAGCGCUGUCUGCAAAGAGGGAACAAAGAUCAACUUCAGUCUUCAGGUCCAAGCACAUGAUGUGAAAUGAAGAUAAACCUCACGAUUGAAUUACUCCAAAAUAUAUAUUUUUAAUGCAUUACAUGAAGUGGUGAAAUUUGUUUCUGUAGCUCAUCUUGUAGAGCAUUGUGUUAACAGUGCAAAAGGUCAUGGGUUCAAUCCCAGGAACACUCAUUCUGAUUAAAUGUAUAGCUUUAAUGUAUUGUAACUUGCUUUGGAUAAAAGUGUCACAGUAAUUCGUUGAGUUGUAAAUAAUGCAGAUAAUGGCAGUUGUAAUUGAUAUACAGUGUUGGGGAAAGUUAAUUUUAAAAGUAAUGCAUUACAAUAUUAAGUUAAUUCCCAAAAAAGUAACUAAUUGCAUACUUUUCGUGAAAAAUAAUGCUACUUUUAAGUUCAUUUUUUUACUUGGCUGAGGCUUGAUCUCGUUCAGGCUUUGCACAUGUUUUUAUGACUUAUAGGGUUUGCAUUCAGAAAUUGCACAUUUCCAUUGCAAAAAUAUCAAGCUCUGGCCUGCCAUCUCUGUUUCGUAGUCAAAACUGUUCCCGCUAAAACGUAAUUCCAUGUGAUCACGUCUAGUUUAAUUCAGUACGUUGUGUUUUUUUUUAUCAAAUUAAUUAAACCGAAAAGUAACUCGAACUGCUUUUUCUUUAAGUAACUCAAAUAUUAAUGUGUACAUUUAUAAAGUAUUGCAUUACUGUACUCGUUACUUCAGAAAAGUAAUAUUAUUACGUAAUGCACGUUACUUGUUAUCCGUUACCCCAACACUGUUGAUAUUGCCAAAAGUUUUGGGACACCUGGGUGGUUGAAAGCAGGCAAUGUGACUUACCCGGGUAAGUUUAGGAGUAAGUACGUUGAUAACCUCUGCUUUCGGUUCCAAAAACGAAGUUAAUUUUCGGGAUAUGUAAGUAACCAUAGCAACUGACUCUCUGAGGAUAGCAGGUUAUGUUCCAUAGUUCAUUUUAGUUAAUGAUACGAAGCUUCAGAGUUUGUCUGCGCAUGCGUGCACUUAUGCGAGCAUGUAGCGGCGCGUGGAAACAUAUAUUUUGCAUUAUUAUAAUGUUAAAGCAUUUAUUUUAUUACAUUUACAUUCGCGAAUAUUUAUUGUCUUAGAAAAUGUAUGUUUACUUUUUUUUAAAUAAAAUACUUUUUUAAUAAAAUGAAUUGAUAUUUGUUAUUGGACUAAAUACUAUACAUUUAAUUAGGUCCAUUAUUAAUAUAUCUCCAAAUAUCAGUGGAUGCAUGUGACACAAUUCCAUCAGUUAAUUAAUGUUAACAAUAAGGUACAUUUCCAUAUCAAUUUUGUGAAUUUAUAAAUAAACUCAUCUUUCACUUA